AUGUCUCUCCAGUAUGAUGCUGAAUUUGCAAAGGAAGCCGGUCCUAUUCUAAAUCACCUUGCUCGAGUCCCAAAGCCAGCGCUAAACGAUGUUGACACACGACGUGCCAUUCUCGGCGCCAUGGCGAGUGAUAAAAUCACCUUACCGGAUGACGUUGAACAUAUGGUUCACAGUGCCGCCGCAGCAGAUGGUCACAACGUGCCCGUCCACCACUUUCGCAAGAAGGUCCCAGCUCGUGAGGGAGGCGAGCCUGCCAUUAUCCAUAUCCACGGUGGAGGAUAUAUCGCUCUGAGCGCAGUCGGAUGUGCAACUCCUCAUGGGGCAUCGGUUUCUCAGACGGGAAUUCAAAUCCUGAGUAUCGAGUACCGGCUGGCGCCCGAGAACCCAUACCCUGUGCCGCUGGAAGAUUGCUGGGCUGUCCUAGAAUGGAUUCAAAGAAACGCAGAACGGCUGUCAAUCAAUCCAGCUCGCAUUGCGGUCAUGGGAGAAAGUGCUGGCGGUGGCUUGGCGGCCGCCCUCACUCUUUUGGCGCGAGAUCGAGCCCUCUCACCCCCUCUGGCGAAGCAGAUUCUUAUUUACCCCAUGCUGGACGAUCGGACAAUCACCAACCAUGCACGUGAACUGGCUUUCUGGGAUGAUAAGGACAAUAUCACGGGUUGGACUGCGUAUCUGGGGCCGAAGGUGGGAAGUAACGAGAUUGUUCCCUAUGCUGCACCGGCUCGAGUCGAGACGGUCGAGGGUCUCCCUCCACUAUACCUCGACUGUCCUCAACUGGACAUUUUCGUCCAUGAAGGAAUGGACUAUGCACGCCGGUUUGUGGCUGCCAAUAUCCCCACCGAGUGCCACAUCUACCCAGGUCUACCGCAUGGAUUUGAAGCGCUCGCACCUGGCAUAAACGUCACCAAGCAGGCUAUCAGUAAUCGCUAUAAGGCAAUGACUAGCUUUUGA